AUGCGACUUCCCUCAUCCCAACGCAACGUAGUCGAAUUAGAAACAAUAACUACCUCUUCUUCUGAUGACGACCCACCCAUCCUGACUCCGACGUCUUCGACGGACAUUUUUCUGAAACCAACCACUACCACUUUCGACUCUCUACAAACUCCCGAAGACGGUACUAGCAUCACUGCUCCUGCUCAAUGGCACAAAGCAGUUCCAUCAGGGAUUAUCGAGCGGAUAAAUCGUGGUGCAAAAGCAUCUAGAAAAGAUUAUGUAGAACUAUCUCAGAGUGGUGACGACAUGGGUGAGAAUAAAGAAGAUUCGACCGCAAAGUUGAAGAAACAAAAGAUUAUGUUACAUGACGGUUUUAGCGAGAGUAAACCAGAAAGGAGCUUGGCUUUAGAGGUUGGUAAUUUGUAA